AUGGCUGAUAUCAGGGGCUCCAAUGAAAACACAACUUUGGAUACAGAAGUAACUCAAGAAAAUACAAAACAAAACUCUGUAUUUCAAGAACAGCAGCAGAAGCCAGCCGAGAAAGAACUAAGAGUACCAAGACCCGGUAAAAAAAAAUACAACGAGCCAGAUAAAUUAACAAACGAAGUAUUAACUUCAAUUAGGGAUCAUUUUAAACGACCUGCAGUUUCUCCGCCACCGCAAGAAGACCGGUAUGAUUUGCUAGGUAGGAAAAACGCAAGCGGCUUAAUGCUGAAAACUUAUAAAUGA